GUCGUCUAGUCUCCAUAGCAACUGACAACAUUAACCAAGGAGUUUGUUAAACUAGCUAUCAACGGUUCUGUUUGCUCGAAAAAUCGGACUCCGCUCAUCUCCCUUCAAUUUUUUCUUUCAUUACAUUCUUUCUUAUUAAUUAUCUUAAUUGUUAUUGGUGUGUUUUUUUCACCAAGGGAAGCAAAGCCGUCCCAAGCCUCCUUUGAUCUCACACAGUAACAGCAGCCACGACCGGAGUCGAUCUAUUCAGUUAGUACAGAAUCUCCAACCGAACGGUGUUUCAUCGCAUCAGAUGUAACUUUUCUUUUUCUUUUUCCCUCAAAUUUCUGAGGAGGCCCAGCCCUCCCGGGACGAGCCGCGGCCCCUUAGCGGCUAAUGUUGCGUGUUCGCUGACGCCAAAGCGAGACAUUUACCUGAACAUGUCCGGCGGCACGGAGGGUGUUCUGCAGCGGGUCAACCAGUUCUGGUCCAUGCUGGACGACCUCUCGCAGAAUGACCCGGCGGCUUACCGCAGGUUCAUCCAGAAACAGAUGGAGGAAGGCGCCGAGUUCAGUGCGCCGCCUGAGCUCCACUCUUGUCUGUGCACGGAACUAUUGGAGCCCAAGAAAGGGUUGUUGUAUAUCAACAUAUGCAGCUGGAAACGUGUCCCGGCGCCUCAGGAUCCCAGCGAACCAUUACCUUUAUGUGCUGGAAAAUUGGAAACAGGCACAAAUGAAAGUCAAGGCUUGUACACUGUGUUGGAUGUAGCUUUAAACCCUGCAGUGCUUGAAGAAAAUAACAAAGACAAAGCAACAGUUUAUAUGUUGGCCCUGAGUUUUGCCCAGCAGCAGCAGGGCUUGAGGUUAUCUCAGCAGUACACUGUCGUGAAGUGUAGCCCUGACUGUCGUCCAGAUGACUUGCAUCGCCGCCUUGGGUUCCAGCAGCGGCCCAACACCUCCAAACAACCCGACACAGCCAGUCAAACCCCAGCUGCCCUCCUGGAGCAGAUCUCAUCUUUACGUUCAGAGAAACAAGACGAGGAGCCAGCUGCCCAAAUUAUCAGUAGACCUGCGGAGAACAAAAAGAAGGAUCUCAUCCAGGUCAUGUCCACCACUUUUGCGCAGCCUCAGGAGCCCGAGUACCAACUUGAGGUGAAAACUGAUACAUCAGGAGUUCCUCGCUGUGUGGAGCUGACUGUAGACCUGCCAAAAGUUUGCUCCAUGUCAGAGUGCCAGCUGAGAAUUUCCAAGGAGGACGUCUUACUGGAAGUGGAGGACGUUUACUAUUUGCUUCUGGAAUUUCCGAUAACUGUAAAUGAAGACACUGCCUCUGCCGUCUUAAACAAGAAGAAACGAAGGCUUGCAUUGAAAGUGGAGGUUUUGUGACCAUGUGCUGUAUUAAUGAAAGAAGUGUACAAAGAGGAAACCGUGAAGCUGGGAGUAAAUUGUGACACUGAACAUAACUUAAAAUAAAUUGCCAAAAGAAACUUAAUUCCUUCUGGGCAAAAUGAAAAACCUUUGCAAAGGAUUUAAGUAUGAAAAACUUUAGCUAAAAAACAAUCAACAGCUGCUUUAUAAACGCAUCCUUCCCAAAACCUAAAUGUUUUUUUCUAUAAAAACCCUAUUGUAGUGUGGGUUGAUCUGCAGCAGCAAAUUUGAUUUUGAACCCAAAACAAACUAAUUGACUUCUGUGGGUUUUGUUUAUUAAUGUGUGGGUGUGUGAAUAGAGGUGUAUAGUGGUUAGGAGCUGGUGUUCAGUGUCAGUAAUAAUUGAGAACACAAUGAUCCAUGCAGUAAUUCAUGUUUAUGAAAACAUCAGGGUGGAUGCAGAACAACAACAUCACUGUUUGGCAAUCUGGAACAUGUGAAAAAUGUCAGUCAACACUUUCGUUGAAAGGGUUGCAUACUGUGUACCGAUCACAGCUUCUUUUUGACACGUUAUUUUUUGUAAAUCAUUAAAAUUUUUCAUAUUAAGA